GUAUUACUGAGUAAUAAUGUGUCUCUGUCAACAGCUUCAUGCCACUCUCAGAAGAAAGCAAGAGGAAAUAUCCACCCUGAAGGAGACGAAUGCCCAGCUGAGAAGUCUGGCUAAACAGACGGAGCAUUACGCAACAUUACUAGAUAUCUUGACAACUUCGUUCCAGAGAGACUCUGUGUCACACUGUACUUCUGUGAGCUCAACAGAGGAUCAUUCUUCUGAACACUCCUGGAUCUCUCUGCUCACACGGGAAGAGCCAUCGGAUCCAUCUUCCACAGCUCUAACUGACUCCACCACUACUGACACACGAAGCCCAACAUCAGGGGUCAAGCGGCAGCUGUGGUCCAGCUGGAAUGAGCUUCUCAGUGAAGGACUUCUCUGUGAGGACACCAACUUGAACUGUCCGUCAGGAUCCAAGCAGCUCAGGCUUGAUAAUGAACUUGUACAGGUAGACUUGGAGCAUCUGAAGGCCCAGCUGGACCAGGAUGAACGGGCUCCUCAACAACUAAUAGAAGAUUCAGUGCUGACUAAGAAUCAAAGCUUUGAGAUGUCCUCCGCACAGAGGAAGAACAUAUUUGGGGCUUUCCAUGGACUUCGGGUGGUUACGGAAACCCCAUCCAUCAAAUCUGAUCUGAACAUGAACAGUGAUGAUUGGAAAUUUGUGUGCUUCAAGACCUCAAUCAGAGACCACAGUACUGUAAAGACAAAGGUUUUCCCACAUGGUAAGGCAUUCACCUCUCACACACCAAUUGGAUCUUGUCGGUUCCUUUGGGUUCCUAAUGAGCAUUGAACAGAUACAGUAUAUGGUCCUGUUUACACCUGGUAUUAAGAUGCGUUUUUAACGAUCAGAUCUUUACUAGACGAGGGAGACACAAACCUGUUUACACCUGGUGUUUUUAUCUGUCUCUUUUGUCCACUUUC